AUGUCGAGCGAGCAUCGCGGCCUGUCACCGCCUCCUUCGCCGUUCUCAGAACUUGAGCUGCCAGUCGUCCCAGCCGAUGACCUGGGCAUGGUUGCCGCCGAUGACAACUCUCGGGAAAAGGCCGAGGCUCAGCCAGCACUGAAAGUGAUAAGAAAGCGCAAAGCAGCCGGGACGCGUCGCAAGAUUACCUACAUCUCCAGGCACUUUCCGACAGAGAAGCCAAAGAAUGACCAGCAAGAAGUUUUGCCGCAGAAGGAAGACCAGCAAGGCGGCUCUAAGCUGAAAAGUAACGAUGCAUCGAGCGUGCACCAGGAUGAUUCUUCGAAGACCAGCACGCUUCCGGUGAUACCAGGCCUGCCCCGGAUCUGCUAUGGACUCAAUAUCGACGAGCUCUCAUCUGACUCGAGCCUCACCGAUGUUCCCGAAGAUAUCGGACCUGACCCGUUUCCGCCAGAUGUCACGUCGCCCAGAUUCCCUUCCCUGGUACAGGCAAUCAAGGUUAAAACCGGGAGAGUGCGAGUGCCGACAAAGUCACCGUAUUUCGCCGCGGCACACAAGCAUCGACUAACAUUCCUAUCAACCCUGCCAUUCCCGCCUCUGUCCCACGGAACCUUUGGCUUGAUGCAGGAACGCCUAGCUCACGACCCGUUUCGUCUCCUCAUCGCGACCAUCUUCUUGAACAAGACGCCAGGCGAGCGAGCAAUGCCGGUCUUCUACCAACUCAUGUCGCGCUACCCAACGCCGACGGACCUCGCCAAUGCUGAAGUCAGCGAUGUUACUUCCAUCAUCUAUGGAUUGGGAUUUCAGAAUCAAAGAGCACGGAAAUGCGUUGCCAUGUCGAAAGUCUGGCUCGAGAAGCCGCCAGAACGUGGGAAGCGAUACAAGAAGCAAAACUACCCUCUGAAAGGCGAUGGACGGGACGUCGGAAACGGUGAAGUUCUGGAUGACAAUGACGGGCGCGUGGCAUGGGAGAUCUCUCAUUUGCCAGGGCUCGGACCUUACUCACACGAUAGCUGGCGCAUGUUCUGUCGUGACAGGCUGAGAAACCUCGCUAAGAAUUGGAACGGGGAGGGUGCGGAGAAUCCAGACAGUUUUGAACCCGAGUGGAAGCGAGUCGUUCCAUUGGAUAAGGAAUUGCGCGCAUGGCUUACUUGGAUGUGGUUGAAAGAAGGCUGGGUUUGGAAUAAAGAGACCGGAGCGCGAACAAAAGCAAGCGACGAGCUGAUGUCAAUGGCCAGCGGAGGUGGCAUUGUCGUUGAGGAAAAGGAUUCUGAUCACCUUACAGUGAAGACUGUUCCAGGAGACGAUUUGCGGAGCCUCAAAGCGCAGAAAAAGGUCGAAAGUACUGCAGGAGACUUCCUGCCCGAGGUCUCAGAUACCGGGCGCAGGGAGGUUAGAUAG